GUUUUUGCAGUUUUCCCUGCAACUAACUGAACUUAUUUGCCAUUAAAAAAAAAAAAACAUGGUACAAACAAAAAAGUUCAGGGGUGUCAGGCAACGCCAGUGGGGCUCCUGGGUGUCAGAAAUCCGCCACCCUUUGCUGAAAAAAAGAAUUUGGCUGGGCACAUUCGAGACGGCCGAAGCCGCGGCAAGGGCGUACGACCAAGCGGCCGUCCUAAUGAGCGGCCAAAACGCGAAGACGAAUUUCGCGGUCCCAAUUAUCGGGCCCCACGAGAGCAACGAGCUCCCGAGCUCGAAAACGGGCCCACACGCGCUUUCCGAGGUGCUCGGGGCAAAGCUCAAGAAGAGCUGCAAGAACCCGGCGCCGUCAAUCACGUGCCUGAGGCUCGACAACGACAACUCCAACAACAUAGGCGUGUGGCAGAAACGGGCCGGGCGGCAGUCGGGCUCUCAUUGGGUCAUGAAAGUCGAUCUCAAGAUCAAGGAUAGAAAGGGCCCGACUGACGAAAGCCCGUCUCGUCAGUCGUCGGCCCAAGCCCACGAUCGCGAUGCAAUGAUGGAUGAGGAGAAUAGGGUGGCUUUGCAGAUGGUGGAGGAGUUGCUUUAUAGUUGCUGAUUGAGGUAAUAUUGGAGUGUCAUGUGUGUUAUUUAAAAUAAUAAUAAUAAUAAUAA